GGCCGCCCUCGCUCAGGACCUGGGAGAACCCUGUGAACUUGUGGUGAUGCUCAGGUGCUUGAAGGGUACCCGUGCCUCCCGCAGAUGUCAGCCAACGUUGAGUGGCGCGUCUUACUGCAAACCAGGUACCGGACAAGUAGCUGAGCCCCACCACGUCGCAACGACCUCGUAGCGUAUAGCGCACCUCUCUUCUCGGCGCUCCGCCGCGGUUCAGGCGCAGCCAGCCAGCAGCCGUCUCUUGUCCGUCAUCUAGGAUUCUGGGCCCGAUUGCUCUGCUUCCUCCAGUCUCCAUCUUUGGAUCCUGCAAACUAUCAUCGUGCUUUCCCUCUUCGCGCAGGCGCAAUCGCAAUCGCAACCGCUAUCUUCUAGACCAUCUCCAUCAUGGCUUCCAGUGCCCCGGCGCCGGAAGGGCAGCACGAGAUCCUGAACAAAGAGCCCUCAAAAAUCGAGACAUCUCCCACAAAAGACAAACCCGCUGCCGAAUCCUCUCCCGCCGUCCGCUUCAAGUCGACGGUACAGGAGAUCACCCCUGAAGAUGCAUCGCUCCUCGCCAACACAGAUAAUGUCUCACUCGGACAGCCCGGACGGGUCACAUCUGAGGAAAUACGUGAUCUCUCUGAGCGAUUGAGGAAUUGUCCGCUCCAGGAACGCCGCAUGAACAUUUUCUCAUACGAGCCAGUAUCGCUACCAGUAUCCAGGACUGCAUCGCGCGACGAUGAUUCUCGGGAACCAAGCCGGGAAGCAACAAGAAGUUCGGCGAGCCACCAGGGCUCACCGCACCUAAAAGCAAGCAGUCAUACGAGGAGGAGUCCAGAAAUGCAUACGCCACCGCUAACACCGGCCGGCACGGACAAUGUGGAAGCAGGACUGAAGAGAGAGCCGGCCGGAACCCAAGAUCGCCUGGGACGCAUGCCCGAUAUCAUCACGCCUCAAGAUUCGCUCCACGAGCCUGCACCUGUCAAUCCUGCUCGUCUAUCCGUCCAGCAUCAUUCUACAACGACCGAAAAAGAGCGGGUGUCACGGAGGCCCGCGACGUCAGAUGGAAGAGACCAUUCCGCUCUCGGUGACCACCGAAAGGGGUUGUUCUCGCUCGGCGCCGGGAGUGGUUCCAACUCACCCGCCAGCUCUGUCCCACCGUCUCGCGAUAGCAGUCCGUCCCGCGCAGCCGCUGCCUCGCUGUUCUAUUCCCGACAAGCACCGCCAACUGGAGAGGCUAAUGACCCCUACGCCGCGAGCAAGCGUCAAACACCAAAACAAAUUGAGUCCCGCUUCAUGUUCACCAGGAAAAAGAACAAGAACGCCUCGCCCAGUUCAUCGACCCUGAGCCUGCCCAGAAUAUCCGGAGACAAGCGCCUCAACAGCGACGACAACGUUAUCCACAGCCGAAAUAGCUCCAUGGCGGAUCUGAAGAGGUUCUUCAAGCUGGGGCCAGGCAGCAAGGUCAAGCGCACCUCAUCACCAGCAGCUUCGGUUCGGUCUGGUAUCAAGACGCCAAAGGGCGGCCAGAUUCCAUUCGACAACGACCACGGUCUUACUUCCAAGUAUGGAAAGCUUGGACGGGUGUUGGGAGCUGGAGCGGGUGGUUCUGUGCGGUUGAUGAAGCGCGCCGAGGACAGCACCGUGUUUGCCGUCAAGGAGUUCAGACCCCGCCACUCAUAUGAGACGGAGAGGGAAUACGUCAAGAAAUUGACGGCCGAGUACUGCAUGGGGUCUUCUCUGCACCACGGCAACAUCAUUGAGACGCUUGACAUUGUCCAGGAGAAGGGCAAGUGGUACGAGGUGAUGGAAUACGCGCCGUUUGACCUGUUUGCCAUUGUCAUGACGGGGAAGAUGGCGAGAGAAGAAGUCACUUGCUGCUUCUUGCAGAUUCUGAGCGGUGUUACGUAUCUUCACAGCAUGGGGCUGGCGCAUCGGGAUUUGAAGCUUGACAACGUGGUGGUGAGCGAGCGGGGGAUCAUGAAGAUAAUCGAUUUUGGUAGUGCCCAUGUCUUCAAGUAUCCUUUUGAGACGAGCACUGUUCUUGCUUCUGGUAUCGUCGGCUCAGAUCCAUAUCUUGCGCCUGAGGUCUACGACGAAAAGAAGUACGACCCACAAGCGGUGGAUAUCUGGUCGUUGGCCAUCAUCUACUGCUGCAUGACGCUCAGACGCUUCCCCUGGAAGCUUCCCCGUCUUACCGAUAGCUCGUUCAAGCUCUUUGCUGCCGAUCCAACGCCUGGUCACGACCCGAAGAAGCUCAUUCUUCCACCAUCCGCAUCCAUGACCGCUUUGAACAACACGCCUGAGAGAGCUUUUGUCGAAGGACAACCCGCGCCUGAAAAGUCCAAGAGCGAGGAGAAGCGGCCGUCUGGCCAAGACGGCGGCGAAAAGAAGGAAGUCAUCCGCGGCCCAUGGCGUAUCCUUCGACUGUUGCCCAGGGAAAGCCGGCAUGUCAUUGGGCGCAUGCUCGAUCUCAACCCAAAAACGCGCGCUCAGAUGAGCGAGAUUUUGGAGGACCCUUGGGUGUCGGAUACAGUUAUUUGUCGGCAGGUUGGACCGGGGCAGGUGGUUAAUGCUGAUGAUCACACGCAUGUGUUGGAGCCGCCUACGCCUCCUGCUCCGAAAUAAGACGAGGAGGUUGGCCGGGGCAAAGCCAUUAUUCGCAUUUUUAUUCGCUUCACGAGAUUCUGCCAGACACUCAACGUGGUGUAAAGGUUAUGGGAUUUGGGGCAGUCACGGACACCAGAUGUUUACAUGCACGCACAAACUCAGACUCCGACGACAUCCUUUUUUUUUCUUUACCUAAUUUGCUUUUUCUACUUUUAUUUGUUUUGCUUUUUUUUGGUCUCGAUGCGGGGAGUCUAGAGGGAGCAGAUGGGGGCAAUUCCAGCGGAAUUUUUUUUGUUACGUUGUGCGGUUGGGCUACAGACUAGAUUUGGGUUGUUUUGUUUUCUUGACCUCAUGAAGAAGGGUAACCAGGGCUGGGGGGUGGGGUGUCAUGUAUGUAGAAAAGAGAUAUCAUGGAUGAUUGAGAAGGG